ACUGCCUAUAAAUUCUCUUCUUAGACUUAUCAAUUUGACAAUUUCAGUAUUCUCUCUUAUAGUUUACUUCCUCUCUCUGUCUCUCUUUUUUCUUCACUUGGAUAAAACCAUGCCUGCUCAACUGAUGCCUGAGAAAACCCUUCAUGGCAUUCAUGUUUUGGGAAGGGAAAAUAAUCCUCCUCCUCCUAGAAGAUUGGAAGGGAAAGUCGCUAUAGUUACAGGGGGAGCAAGAGGAAUAGGAGAGGCGACAGCAAGAUUGUUUGCAAGACAUGGAGCAAAAGUAGUAAUAGCAGAUAUUGAAGACACAUUAGGAACAAUAAUUGCAAACGCUUUAUCUCCAUCAGUAACUUAUGUUCAUUGUGAUGUAAGUCAGGAAGAAGACAUAGAAAACCUAAUAAACUCAACAGUUUCUCACUACGGUCGCCUCGAUAUUCUGUUCAACAAUGCAGGAAUUCUCGGAAACCAACCCAAGAACAAAAGCAUUCUUGAUUUUGAUGUUGAUGAGUUCGACAAAAUCAUGCGCGUGAACGUUAAAGGUGUUGCCUUAGGCAUUAAGCACGCAGCUCGAGUUAUGAUACCAAGAAAAGUUGGUUGUAUAAUUUCUACAGCAAGUGUUGCAGGUGUUAUGGGAGGUCUUGGGCCACAUGCUUAUACAGCUUCAAAGCAUGCCAUUGUUGGAUUAACAAAGAAUACAGCUUGUGAGCUUGGGAGAUAUGGAAUUAGGGUUAAUUGUAUAUCUCCAUUUGGGGUGGCUACUUCUAUGCUUGUCAAUGCAUGGAGAAGUAGUAGCAGUGGUGAAGAGGAAGAAGAAGAGGAUUGUAUGAAUUAUGGGUUGCCUUGUGAGGAAGAAGUGGAAAAAAUGGAGGAGUUUGUUAGAGGAUUGGCUAAUCUAAGAGGACCAACAUUAAGGGCCAAAGAUAUUGCUGAAGCUGCUCUUUAUCUUGCUAGUGAUGAAUCUAAAUAUGUUAGUGGUCAUAAUCUUGUUGUAGAUGGUGGAAUUACUACUUCAAGAAAUUGUAUUGGUUUGUAAAUAGAAUUUGCAAAUGCCUUCUUUUUUCUUUUUUUCUUCUUUUUCUUUAUUGAGAUUUUUUCAUUUUUCUUUAUUUGUAGCUUUUAAUUCAUUAUUAUGAAAUAGAAAGUGUAAGAUUCUCUCUCUGUCAA